GCCUUGUGCCGCCCUCGCCCCCGCCUCCUGCCCGGGCGAUGGCAGCAGGCGAUCCCUCGGGUGCUCCUGCCGCCUGCCCCCCUCUGGGGAUCGGAGGCCCGGCCGAGAGCUCGGUCUACCUCCUCCUGCCGCUGGCCGUCCCUGCUGGAAGGUCCCUGGUGCUGACACCGGAUGUAACAAAUCCUGCCUGGGUUCUGUCUCUCUCAUCUGAAAGCAAGAACAAAGCAGGAAGCCGGCAAGAUGAUGGUGUGGAACUGAACGGAACGUCCUCCAGUAACCCCGGCAAGACUGGAAAUAAGGAGCUGCUGCCAGGCGGCUCUGUGAAAGACCAGCUGGCCUCCUCUAAAGGGGAGUUCAAGAACCCCGCAGAGUCACAGUGCGGUAAACCAAAAUCCUACAAAUGCUCUGAGUGCGGGAAAAUUUACCGCCGGAGUACCGAUCUCCUGAGGCACCAGCGGACCCACACUGGGGAGAGGCCCUAUUUGUGUCUGGACUGUGGGAAGAGCUUCAGCCGGAGUUCAAUCCUCCUGGAACACCAGAGAAUCCACACCGGCGAGAAGCCGUACAAAUGCAGCCAUUGCGGGCAAGGGUUUAGCCAGAGCUCUAACCGUAACCAGCACGAGAGGACUCACGGCAAGGAGAAGACGGCACUCUGGGGGGCGAAUCGGCAAAGGGCGGAGGAUCGGCAGGGUGGGCCGAAAAGCCUGAGGAGAACCGAAGAGGGUUUGGGACCUGGAGGAGGCACCCGGCCUCCCGGCGAAAGCCCUCCCUGGAGGUCAAAGGUGGGGGCGAAGCGCCAGCGAAGCCGGCUGCUCGAGAAGCCCUACCGGUGCCCGGAAUGUGGGAAGAGCUUUGCGCGCAGCACGGAUUUCAUCCGGCACCACAUCACCCACACAGGAGAGAAGCCCUACACGUGCGGGAGCUGUGGCAAAAGUUUCACCCGCAGCUCCGUCCUCAUUGAGCACCAGCGCAUCCACACGGGCGAGAGGCCCUACAAGUGCCGGCUAUGCGGGAAGGGCUUCAGCCAGAACUCCAACCGGAACCAGCACGAGACCAUCCACCAGGCCAAGAAACCUUCCCGGCGCUUCCUGGGCAGUGGCGAAACGUUGAACUGGGGUGUGGGACUCACUCGGCAACAGAGAAUCCACUUGGCAGUGGGGAAAGCCUGACAUGAAUCCAAAGGAUGGAGAUAGGGAAGGAAAAGAAUUAAUCCCCUGGGUAUGAGAGAAUCUAAAUUGGGGAGGGAUUUGGGCUGGGGAUUUAUUUUUAAUGGAAGUGGGGGGGGGGA